GAACAUUUCAUUUGCCUGAUAUGACCCGAACUUGAGUUCAUGUGUGCCGCUACCCUGAAAACGGACUCCGUGCCUGACCGAACUAUCACCGGAGGGCUUGGGCGCCAUGCCAAGGAGCUCACAAGAUCAUCUCUCUUCAGCUGAGUCCGAAAUAGUCAUUCUACUCCAUUCAACUAAUAAGCGUCUGUGUAUUGAACGACCAACGUUCAAAUGGAUAGUUCUGCAGUUAAUCAUUUUGAUGUGCUGUCUUUUGCCUUUGGUCGCGUGGUCAACUACGAGGAUCGCCCACUUUACAUCAAUGCUAAGGAUCCCUCUCGCAGCCUAUGUGCUAUCCAGCUACGACGACUGGUGCGAACUCUGAUCGCAGGUCUGAAACGCCAUAUCCAGCAAGGGGAUUGUGUGUUGGUCCACCUGGGCAACAGCUAUGUCCACCCAGCACUCUUCUUCGGCAUUAUAGGUGCUGGGGGUGUAUACCUGGGUGCUAGCCCUGACAGCCCACCUUAUGAACUCAUCAAUGUUUUCAAUCUGGGAAAUCCAAAGUUGAUCAUUACAUCAAGCCAGACAUUACAGACUGUCCUGGGCGUCUCAACAAGCAAAGGUCUCUGUCCCGAACAAGUCUGUCUGUUCGAAGAGUUGGCUAUCACCCGCUUCCUAGGAUCAAGUCCUAGUAUCCCGGUCGGGGGUGCUGGGCACAUCACAAUGGCACAUUUUCUCUCCCACGGCGAAGAGGAUUGGAUCAGGCUUGAUGAGGAAUCUCUGGCAAAAACCACUCCGGCUGCCAUGUACUGCACCAGCGGCACCAGCGGACUUCCAAAAGCCGCCGUUCUCUCACACCACGCCAUUAUUUCCCAACAUAGGAAUAUACACUAUGAAUUUCCGUUCGAUGUCAAGAGACUCGUUGUCAUUCCAAUGUACCAUCGUUUUGGGGCACUCUGGCACACUUUCCCCAUCCGUCACGGAGAGCCUGCAUACAUCAUGCACAAGUUUGAGGUCGGCCAGUUUCUUAAAGCCGUCCAAGCCUAUCAAAUAACUGAAACACACAUCGUUCCGGCCACGGUUCACCUACUGAACCAGACCUCUCAGCCUGUAACGGACUUCCUAUCAUCCCUGCGUAUGGUAGGCGUUGGGGGUGCCCCUAUUGAUGCAGCAUCACUGCAGAAGUUUCAAAGUCUGCUACACAGUCAGGCUACUGCGGCGCAGACCUGGGGUAUGACAGAGACUGGCCCAGUAUUUGUAGGCAAAUAUGGAGAACGAUCUGAUAAAGCAAGUAUCGGGAAAACCAUCGGUAACAACGAGGCAAAACUCCUCGACGAUCAAGGUAUGAUAAUAAACAGCGACGGCUGUUCUGGAGAGUUGUGCGUUCGAGGCACAGGUCUCCUUCUACACUACAAGGGACGAGAUGACGGGAUAGACAGAGAAGGGUGGUUCCGAACGGGGGAUGUGGCCUACCGACAAGAUGGAUACUACUACCUACUGGGACGGACCAAAGAGAUCAUCAAAGUGCAAGGAUAUCAAGUAGCACCAGCCGAGAUAGAAGCUGUCCUCUUGACGCAUCCAGGGAUAAACGACGCCGCAGUCCUUGGAGUCCAAUCGAGUGACAAAGGCGUCGAAGUUCCCCGGGCCUUUGUCGUGAAGUCUGCCUCAGGAACCCACCUGGCAGCAGAUGAUGUCUACCAAUUUGCACAAUCCCGAUUAGCAGGCUACAAAGCCUUGGAUGGGGGCGUGGUGUUCGUCACCGAGAUCCCUCGAACAGUGAGUGGGAAGAUCCUCCGAACCAAGUUGGCGCAGAUGAACGCUCAGCGGGACAAAGUCGCCCAGAUUCUCUCCCGCAGAGUCAUUAAGGUGACCUCUUGAUCAACGUACCACCUGGGAGGAUCCGUGACUCUUGUGGACACAACUGCAACUGCGUCAUCUCAUAUCACACGAGGAAUAAUCCCACAUUUAUCAGAUAUGUUUCGGAGGGAGUCUCACUUCACCAUCACUUUUGACUGCUAUUUCUCCAUCCAUUUCAAGCCGCAUGACCUGAGAUCAGCUCCAUAUAGAAAUGCAGAGCACCUUUGACAGCUACGAGCAACAAGAGGCGAUGUAGUUAUAUAUCAGCAUGAGAGCAACUCAGAAGUCGGUCUCGCUCCAAGGGCUUUUACGUACCUCUUACACUCCGAGCCUGAUGCAUAGAUGCCGCAGUAACCGGUCACAUUACAACCCAGACUCUGGACUUGGACAAUAAUUAUUUCAAAGCAGCAAAAUUGACCAAAUUACAUGCAGAUAGAGAUCGU